AUGAAGUUCAAUGUCUUCGUUUCCGCUGUGGCUCUACUUGGUGCCUUCCAACCCCGCUAUGAAUGUAGAGCACUUGAUCCAUCCCACAAUCUUCCCGCAGAGCUGCAACAGCAACUCCCUAUUCUUCUGAGACUAGGAGAGGAGUACUUCAGUCGGCUUGACAACUCCAAUCAAAAUUCGCCCCAGUCCUCCUUGUCGAAUACAUCUCCUGGAGCUGCUGCGCCGUCAACAACGGUCAACAGAGCUUUACAACUUCAGCUUAGGCAGCGUCUUCUGCAAGGUAAAGUCGGUAACAUCAGUCGGUUUCUGAACAGCUACGCUAACCAGAUGGAUGAUUCCAUGGAGAGAGGAAAGAGGACCUGGCCAGGCGAAGAGCCACCGAUCUCAUUGGACCUGACGUUCCAUCUGCUGAGGGAAGUUCUAGAAAUGGCUCGAGACGAGCAAUUAGUGCAGCAGGCAUAUAGUAACCGAAGAAUGAUGGACAUAUUCGGGAAAUGA